AUGACAAAUACAUGGCGCGGCGUACGGCAGACAGACGAUUCGGAUGUCAGUUCAAAGCAUAACCCGAGAGCAAAAGCACAAAGCAAAUCAGCAAUCCCCCGAAGAUAA